AUGCCGAUAUCAUCCCCAACCAGUUCAUCCGUCCAGUUGAAGCCUGGGAUCCCUGCGUCCGCUAUCCUUGAGCACCACCAGGUCGUUCGGGAGCUCCACAGCCGCGGUCUGUCUCAGCGGGACGGUGUGUUCUCCGGGCUUGGGAAGACGUUUUCUGCUGGUGACUUCAACGCCUACGCGGGUACGUUCGACAGUGCCACCAUCGCGGAGAUUGCGGCCCUCCCCGAGGUUCUCAAGGUCGAGCCUGAGAGAUGGGUACACCCCGCCGCGCUGGUCACACAGACCGAUGUAGAGUGGCACCUGGGCAGUAUCUCUCGCCGGGUGGAGAACUCGACCGAGUAUAUAUACGAUGACUCGGCUGCCGAGGGGACGUAUGCCUAUGUGGUCGACAGCGGCAUCCGAUUGAGCCACGAGGAGUUCGAGGGGAGGGCCUCGUUCGGGUACAACGCCGUGAACGGAUCCGAGAAUAUCGACCGGACGGGUCAUGGAACCCACGUGGCGAGCAUCUUGGCUGGCAAGACGUAUGGUGUGGCCAAGAAGACGACCGUGAUUGAUGUCAAGGUGUUCCACUGGGGCUCUUCAAGCUCCGCGACGAUUAUUGAUGGGAUUACUCGGGCUGUUAACGAUAUCGUGGCUAAUAACCGUCAAAAUGUGUCUGUUCUCAACUUGUCUUUUGGCGGACCCCCCCAGGAUGUUCUUGACAAUGCUGUCAAGAACAUUUACAACUUGGGCAUCCUGCCAGUGUGUGCGGCUGGAAACGAGAAUGUGGUUGUCAGUACCCGUUCUCCACCUCGGACACCUGAAUGUCUCACCGUUGGCAACGUCGAGCCAAGCUUGAGGCAAGACGGCGGAUCAAACUACGGAGAAGGAGUGGACAUCUUUGCUCCCGGUAUCGACGUUGUGGGGGCGUCUCGACAAAACGACACCGCGUCCAUGGCGGGCACGGGGACGUCACAGGCUGCCCCUGCGGUGGCAGGACUCGCCUUGUACUUCCAGAGGCUGGAGGGCUUGGCCACGCCUGAUGAAGUUAUUAACAGGAUUAUCGAGCUCAGCACCAAGGACGUGGUCACGGAGGCGAAGGGAAGCCAGAAUCGCCUGGCCUACAACGGGAAUGCUUAG